AUGGGCUUCUUCCGCCGCAUGUUUGCUUUCUUGGAAGAAGGUUCACACCAUGCCUUGCCCAAGGGCAAGCCAAGCCGAAGUCUUAUGAGCGCCGCUGUCGCCCUCCACAAGAUGGGUCGUAGGCCAUCUUCCAAUAGCUUCCGAGGAGAAAAUGUGGCUUCCAACAGCCUAACGACUACUCGAUGCCACGCUGCCACUUGCGAAAGCAGCUCCGAAUCCAUCUCGAACCACUCUGCGACUGCCACAGCCCAAGACGAAAGCCAGCUUUGCGUCCUGAACGAUGCGAUCGACUUUGAGCCCGAGAAGCAGCUCGCUAUUCACGAAAACGUUUUUGUCAGAUUCCCGUCUUUUGAGCAGGCUGGGGUGAAGCAGCUCGGCGAACUCCUCGAGCACGAAAGCCGCUUUGCUAAGUACCAUGAAGAGGAUGACGAUUGCGAUGAGUGGGGCAUCCAGUGCGGUGGCAUCGACGAAGCUGCGGUCUCGUCGAAGAGACACCCCAACAUCGUCAACUACGAGAAGUACAUCGACGACAGUGUGAUUCAACAGAUCUAUGAAGAUCUUCCCGAGGCCGAGAAUGCCGAUUUCAAGCCUGCCACAAAGUCGGCUCGCAACUUGCGAUUUGGCAACUACACCACCGGCAAGUAUGUGAAGAUCAAGUCGGAGCAGGAUGUUGGCGUGUCGAAGCCGCAAAAGAAGCCGGGAAAGUGGGUUGCUGGUCUCCUUCAUGCAUUGCGAUUACGGGAGCAAAGGUUUCUAGAUGAUUACAACCGUCUUCCUCCAUCCUUGAUGUUUCUGUAA